UUUUGGCUCGUAUUCACGCUCUUCCGCUCAUUUCCAAGCCAGGUGCUUGACGACAAACCUCAGAGAGAGCGCGCGCGUGUGUGUGGCAGAAAAAAAAAUAACGCUUAAUACUUUUACGACUCCUGCGAACUGACUGCGGAACAUCGCUUUCACCUUUGUGGAUUUUUUUACGUGUGUGCGUCUUGCAUGUGUUUUUCCUGUAUUGCCUGCCGCAGGUCUGACACAGAGUUGUUACUGGACUUAAACGAACGCGCAUCAGUUUUAAAACCCGGGGAAAACGCGCCGGGCGCCGGAUUUUUCUUUUCUUUUCUUUUGCUUUUUUGUUUUUGCUGUUUUCCAGACUCUGAACAUCCCAGACGGGGCAUGACUGGUAUCGGGCAUCUAGACAGGUGAAUAGUUUCCCUUCUUUCCGAUCAGAACUUUUCCUCGUCAUUAACAUUGGGGAUAAAAGUAUAGUCUUAAGAUGUCAAAGCCUGCUGAUCAUAUCAAGAGACCCAUGAAUGCGUUCAUGGUUUGGUCCCGGGGCCAGAGGAGGAAAAUGGCACAGGAUAAUCCCAAAAUGCACAACUCGGAGAUCAGCAAAAGACUGGGCGCUGAGUGGAAGCUGCUUUCAGAGUCUGAGAAGAGACCUUACAUCGAUGAGGCCAAGAGGCUGCGGGCUCAGCAUAUGAAGGAGCACCCCGACUACAAGUACAGACCCAGGCGCAAACCCAAAAACCUGCUCAAGAAGGACCGGUACGUUUUCCCUUUGCCUUACCUCGGGGACACCGAUCACUUGAAGGGACUUCCCGUGUCGGCCGCGGACUCUCUUUUGGGCUCCUCGGAGAAAGCCAGAGCGUUUCUGCCGCCGACGUCCGCCCCAUACUCCUUCCUCGACCCGAGUCAGUUCAGCUCCAGCGCCAUCCAGAAGAUGACAGAGAUGCCCCACACGUUGAGCACCAGCACUUUGCCGUACGCGUCCUCCUUGGGAUAUCAGAACGGCGCAUUCGGCACCCUUGGGUGCCCCAGUCAGCACACCCACACCCACCCGUCGCCCACAAACCCGGGCUAUGUCGUCCCGUGUAACUGCACAGCCUGGUCAGCGUCAAGUUUACAGCCCCCGGUGGCCUACAUACUUUUUCCAGGUAUGACCAAGACUGGGAUAGACCCAUAUUCAUCCGCACAUGCCACUGCCAUGUAACCCUCGAGACUCGUUUCCUCUUUUUAAUUCACUUGAAUACUGAAAUGCAUGUAAAUAUAUUAUGGACAGCGCGCCCCAUUAAAAAGGCAUGAACAGUGUUAACUGCCUUGGACUUGUUAUGGCACAAAAAAGAGAAAAAAAAAAAACUUUUGCAGAAUUCCACCAAGUUCCUGCCUGAGCAAAGGAGCUGGAGUUUGGUGUAAAGGACGGAGCCCUGUGAACUAAGCAGGGUUCAGGCAUGUUCGGCGGUGCAGCGUGGUGAAGGUGUGUUUGUGACAUCGGGAUGAACCGGUUUUUGAUGUUUGACAGUUCGGG